UCUUCCCCUUCCGUGGCUCGGGGCCGGUCUGGUCCGGAACCCACAGACCCUUUUUCACAGUCCCUGUUCGCCCGCGGCCAGGAUUUGGGCUGCGUAAUGAGGAAGGAGGGUGUGGUGGGUUGAAAGGCAUUCUACUUCAUUUCCGAGUUGGAGCAUGGAUUCAGUGUUAGUCUUUUAAGAGGGAAGUGAGGUUGGAGAUUUUUAUUUUUUAAUUUUGGGUGGAAGCAGUUGACUUUAGGGCCCUCCAAAGGAAGCGGAUUUAACUUAAUGCUGCUCCCGUGUUUGAAGGAGGACAAAAAAGGUCCCACCUGGCAAAAUUUCCGUAACCUCUUCAGUAGAAAACCCAAGGUAUCUUUUAAAUUGCAGUAGUUUUUGUUGUGUCAAGCUUUCUUCAGGUGGAGCUCGCACGGUAGCUAGGUUUUUAGGUUUGAAACAGAUGCAGAAUCCAAAGGCAGCGCAAAAAACAGCCAGCGAUUUUGCUAUGCCUCUGAGCUGCAAGAUAGUCAGACAGCUAAAUGGAGUCUGAGCAGCUGUUCCAUAGAGGAUACUAUAGAAACAGCUACAACAGUAUAACAAGUGCAAGUAGUGAUGAGGAGCUUUUAGAUGGAGCAGGUGUUAUUAUGGACUUUCAGACUUCUGAAGAUGACAAUUUGUUAGAUGGUGACACAGCAGUUGGAACUCAUUAUACAAUGACUAAUGGAGGCAGCAUUAACAGUUCUACACACUUACUGGAUCUUUUGGAUGAACCAAUUCCAGGUGUUGGUACAUAUGAUGAUUUCCAUACUAUUGAUUGGGUGCGAGAGAAAUGUAAAGACAGAGAAAGGCAUAGACGGAUCAACAGCAAAAAGAAAGAAUCAGCAUGGGAAAUGACAAAAAGCUUAUAUGAUGCAUGGUCAGGAUGGCUAGUAGUAACACUAACAGGAUUGGCAUCAGGGGCACUGGCUGGACUAAUAGACAUUGCUGCUGACUGGAUGACUGAUCUAAAGGAGGGCAUUUGCCUUAGUGCAUUGUGGUACAACCAUGAACAGUGUUGUUGGGGAUCUAAUGAAACAACAUUUGAGGAGAGGGAUAAAUGUCCACAGUGGAAAACAUGGGCAGAAUUAAUCAUAGGUCAAGCGGAAGGUCCUGGUUCUUACAUCAUGAAUUACAUAAUGUACAUCUUCUGGGCCUUGAGUUUUGCCUUUCUUGCCGUUUCCCUGGUAAAAGUAUUUGCUCCAUAUGCCUGUGGCUCUGGAAUUCCAGAGAUUAAAACUAUUUUAAGUGGAUUCAUCAUCAGAGGUUACUUGGGAAAAUGGACUUUAAUGAUUAAAACCAUCACAUUAGUACUGGCUGUGGCAUCAGGUUUGAGUUUAGGAAAAGAAGGUCCUCUGGUACAUGUUGCCUGUUGCUGUGGAAAUAUUUUUUCCUACCUCUUUCCAAAGUAUAGCACAAAUGAAGCUAAAAAAAGGGAGGUACUAUCAGCUGCCUCAGCUGCAGGGGUUUCUGUAGCUUUUGGUGCACCAAUUGGAGGAGUUCUUUUUAGCCUGGAAGAGGUUAGCUAUUAUUUUCCUCUUAAAACUUUAUGGAGAUCAUUUUUUGCUGCUUUAGUGGCUGCAUUUGUUUUGAGAUCCAUCAAUCCAUUUGGUAACAGCCGUCUGGUCCUUUUUUAUGUGGAGUAUCACACACCAUGGUACCUUUUUGAACUGUUCCCUUUUAUUCUCCUCGGGGUAUUUGGAGGGCUUUGGGGAGCCUUUUUCAUUAGGGCAAAUAUUGCCUGGUGUCGUCGCCGCAAAUCCACCAGAUUCGGAAAGUAUCCUGUUCUUGAAGUCAUUGUUGUUGCUGCCAUUACUGCGGUGAUAGCCUUCCCUAAUCCGUAUACCAGGCUCAACACUAGUGAGCUGAUCAAAGAACUUUUUACAGACUGUGGUCCUCUGGAAUCCUCUUCUCUUUGUGACUACAGAAAUGACAUGAAUGCCAGUAAAAUUGUUGAUGAUAUUCCUGAUCGUCCAGCAGGCCUUGGAGUGUAUUCAGCUAUAUGGCAGUUAUGCUUAGCACUCAUAUUUAAAAUUAUCAUGACAGUAUUCACUUUUGGUAUCAAGGUUCCAUCAGGCUUGUUCAUUCCCAGCAUGGCCAUUGGAGCGAUUGCUGGAAGGAUUGUGGGGAUUGCAGUAGAACAGCUUGCGUAUUAUCACCACGACUGGUUUAUCUUUAAGGAGUGGUGUGAGGUUGGAGCUGAUUGCAUUACACCUGGCCUUUAUGCCAUGGUUGGUGCUGCUGCAUGCUUAGGUGGUGUGACAAGGAUGACUGUCUCCCUGGUGGUUAUCGUUUUUGAGCUUACUGGAGGCUUGGAAUACAUUGUUCCCCUUAUGGCUGCAGUUAUGACCAGUAAAUGGGUUGGCGAUGCUUUUGGUAGGGAAGGCAUUUAUGAAGCUCACAUCCGGUUAAAUGGAUACCCUUUCUUGGAUGCAAAAGAAGAAUUCACUCAUACCACCCUGGCUGCUGAUGUCAUGAGACCUCGAAGGAACGAUCCUCCUUUAGCCGUCCUGACACAGGACAAUAUGACAGUGGAUGAUAUAGAAAACAUGAUUAAUGAAACCAGCUACAAUGGCUUUCCUGUCAUAAUGUCAAAAGAAUCUCAAAGAUUGGUGGGAUUUGCCCUCAGAAGAGACCUGACAAUUGCAAUAGAAAGUGCCAGAAAAAAACAAGAAGGUAUUGUGGGCAGUUCUCGUGUGUGUUUUGCACAGCACACCCCAUCUCUUCCAGCGGAAAGCCCUCGGCCACUGAAGCUUCGGAGCAUCCUUGACAUGAGCCCUUUUACCGUGACCGAUCACACCCCGAUGGAAAUCGUGGUGGAUAUUUUCCGAAAGCUGGGUCUGAGGCAGUGCCUUGUAACUCACAAUGGGAUUGUCUUGGGGAUCAUCACAAAGAAGAACAUAUUAGAGCAUCUCGAGCAACUAAAGCAGCACGUCGAACCCCUGGCGCCUCCUUGGCAUUAUAACAAAAAAAGAUAUCCUCCGUCAUAUGGCCCAGACGGCAAACCAAGACCCCGCUUCAAUAAUGUUCAACUGAAUCCUCUAGAUGAGGAGAGAGAGGAAACAGAAGAGGAAGUUCAUUUGUUGAAUAGCACAACUCUUUAAUCCGAGGGAGUCGUCUACUUUUUUUUCUCCUUUAAAAAAAGAAAGAAAGAAAG